UCUGCUCGCUCCGCUCCGCUCGCCAAUCGCCUCCAGAGCUCCAGGCAUGGCCCCAAGUACCGUGGCGGUGGAGAUGCUCAGUCCCAAGGAGAAAAACCGACUGCGGAAGCCGGUGGUGGAGAAGAUGCGUCGGGACCGCAUCAACAGCAGCAUUGAGCAGCUGAAACUCCUGCUGGAGCAGGAGUUCGCGCGGCACCAGCCCAACUCCAAACUGGAGAAGGCCGACAUCCUGGAGAUGGCCGUCAGCUACCUGAAGCACAGCAAAGCCUUCGCCGCGGCCGCCGGCCCCAAGAGUCUGCACCAGGACUACAGCGAGGGUUACUCGUGGUGCCUGCAGGAGGCGGUGCAGUUCCUGACCCUGCAUGCAGCCAGCGACACGCAGAUGAAGCUGCUUUACCACUUCCAGCGGCCCCCAGCUCCCGCCGCGCCUGUCAAGGAGACCCCGACGCCCGGCGCUGCGCCCCAGCCGGCGCGCUCCUCCACUAAGGCAGCCGCCUCCGUCUCCACCUCGCGCCAACCUGCCUGCGGCCUCUGGCGGCCCUGGUGACCCAGAGGCCGAAGGGUGCCUGGAGCGGACCAGAGGACCAGCUCGUUCCUCUCCAUGUGGGAAGACAUUCCCCAGCCGCGUUUCAGCCCCAGGUUGGCCGCAACCUUCUACCGAAGGCUCCCUCCCCAGGCUGGCUGGCCAGCAAGGGGGGUCAUUCUUAGAGAAUGUGCGUGCAGAGUUGUUAUUUGGGGAUAAUCAGGGUCCACCCUCUGCCGCCUGUCCGACCCCAUGGGGUUGUUUUGUGUUUGCAUUUCAGCAAGUGACUUCUGCGAAGUUCCCGGUCGGUCUCCACCGGGUGUUCUAUGAUAUUUGUAGAGUUGGGGGUUGGCUCACCCCAGCCUGUAGAGUAGAGGACUUUCUUCAGGGCCCGUGGCUGCUGGGCAAGCGCCCUGCGGGCGGGCUGUGCCCUGGGCACAUUUGCCUUUUGUGAAGGCGGAACUGCAGGUGUUUCCUCAGAGGAAAGCACUCAGCCUGCGUGGGUGUAGGACCCCUGGGACCUCACCUUAAGGUCCACAUGACCUUGGCUGUCUGGUGCGCGCUCACAGUGGGCUGUCUGGGAGGGUGGGGUCUCCACGACGAUCCUUAAAGGAUUCAUUUGUAUGGGAGGGUGCGUGUGGGCACAAUUUUGUACUUAGAAUUUGAACUCUUGGUUAUGUGGGAGAACACAAGCUGUUCUGAAGGCUUCUAAUAAAAUAUCAAGCCCUA